AUGCCGCAAGCCGCUAGUGUCGUGCUGGACUCCACAUACAUGGAUGAUAGCAUGACGUCAGCACCUGAUGCUGCAGCAGCCAAGUCAUUAUACGCGGAUUUGUCGGAUCUCUGGGGCCAAGCGAACAUGCACGCGCGGAAGUGGCUCUCUAACUCGGCGGAGGUUCUGGCUGAGAUCCCACAAGCUGAUCGGGCAAGUCAACUGGAGCUCACGGACGAACAGCUGCCAAACAUCAAGACGCUCGGCGUCCUCUGGCAGGCCGAGAUCGACAUGUUUACAUUUCAGUACAAGGUGCCAGAUUUCACACGUCUGACAAAGCGGCAGUUUCUGCGUAUUCUGGCAACCAUAUUUGAUCCGCUCGGCUUUCUAGCCCCGUACAUCGUCCAAGCCAAAGUCCUGUUCCAAUCCAUGUGGAUCGAAGGCUUCGAUUGGGAUGCAGACUUGCCAGAGGAUCUCGUCAGUGCAGCUGAAGCGUGGUGCGCCGAGCUACCGGAUUUGAAAAGAGUUCAAAUUCCGAGGUGCCUGCGACAAUCAGCAGCGACAACAGCAACUAGCAGCGUGGAAGUGUUUGUGGAUGCCUCCGAAAAGGCGUUCGGCGCAGUCGUCUACAUCCGGCAGCAGUUCAGCGAUGGCAGCGACUCAAUGCGUCUCGUCGCGUCGAAGAUGAAAGUCGCCCCGCUUGCUGUCCACAGUAUUCCGAGGCUGGAAUUGAUGGCCGCAGUUCUUGGUUUGCAGCUAGUGAAGUCUCUUCUACCUCCGCUUGAUCUCACGAUGAGUACUGUCACGUUCUGGUCUGACAGUGCUGAUGUCCUCUACUGGAUUCGUGGACAGAGCCGAAAGUACAAGCCGUUCGUUGCCCACAGAGUCGGCACGAUUCAGACAGCAAGUGAUCCCGACCAGUGGAAGCAUGUAGCUACUACCCGCAACCCAGCCGACCUGUUGACGUGUGGUAUGUCUGCAAGUCAGCUCGCAGAUUCCCAGUUCUGGUGGUGUGGUCCAGACAUGUCCGGGUUACACACACCGUCCCCAGGAAAGGCAUUGUCAGCAACAGCGGCGGCAGAGCUGAAGAAGCCUGCAGUUGAGAUAGCUCAUUUCAGUUAUCUGGCGAUCGCCGCCUUACCCGCAUUGGAUCCAGAGCGCUACAGCAGCCUCCUGAAGCUGGCCCGGGUCAUUGCCUGGAUCAAUCGCUUCUCAAGCAACGCAAGACGCCUGAACACUGAGCGAGUGUCAGGCCCCCUGUCCGUAGAUGAGAUCCGCAGCGCCGAGUAUGUCAUCAUACGUCAGUGCCAGCAGUCAGCCUUCCCAGAGGAAAUCAGGGCUCUACAGCGGGGAAAGCCUAUCUCCCCUAAGAGUGUGCUCAGCAGCUUACAGCCGCAGCUCGACGAAGAUGGUAUUCUGAGGUGUGGUGGUCGGUUACGCUAUGCAGAGCAUAUUUCGGAUGAUGCCAGGUGCCCGAUCAUUCUGCCCCGCUCGAGCAGAGUAACCACUUUGAUAGUGAAACAAGCACACGUCCUCCUGUUUCACUUCGGUGGAACCAAUCAGACCUUGGCAGCGCUCAGCCAACGGUUUUGGAUAGUUUCGGUCAGAGAAGCUAUUCGUGAGUAUGAGCAGCAGUGUCAAGCGUGUUGA